AUGAUAUGUUUGCUUUUUCUCUCAUUCGACCCCCAGCGGGGAAAGUUGAUUUCUGCAAGUGAACAAAUUGAGGACUCAUAUCCCAAAAACAGUAAUACACAGGGUGAGACCAACAAUUUGCUCUCUCUUUUUCUUUCUUUCUUUCUUUCUUUCUUUCUUUCUUUCUUUCUUUUUUCUUGUUUCAAUCAUAUUAUUUCUUUUAUUCUUUCUUUAUUUCAUUUCCGUCCUUCCCAUUUUCCUUCUUUAUUUCCUUCUUUCUAUGUACCUAUCACCCUUUCCUUCUUUCUAUCAGACUCAUACUUUAAGUUUGCCUCUCUUUUUUAUUUCUUCUUAACUUCUUUUCUUCGUUUAUAUAAUAUAUUGUUUCUGUCUGCUUUGUUCAUAUCAUCCUUUCUUUCUUUCUUUCUUCGCAUCUUUCAUCCCUUCCCUUUUUCUUUCUUUCUUUCUUUCUUUCUUUUUUUCUUUCUUUCUUUCUUCGCACCUUUCAUCCUUUCCCUUUUUCUCUCUUUCUUUCUUUCUUUCUUUCUUUCUUUCUUUCUCUAUGAUCCGUUCACACUUUCUUUCUUCCUUUGGACCUAUCGUCCUUUCUUUCUUUAUUUCUUUGAACCUAUCAUUGUUACCUUCUUCCUUUCUUUCUUUCUUUCUUUCUUUCUUUGCCAACGUUUUAAUAACUUUUAUUUGUUCUCUCUGUUUCUUUCUUUCUUUCUUUUUUAUUUAUUUUUCAUCAUUCUUUUGUUUCUAUCAUAUUUUUCUUUUAUUCUUUCUUUAUUUCAUUUCCGUCUUCCCAUCCCACUUUCUUUCUCCUUUCUUUGCACUUAUCAUCUUUUACAUUUUUUUCUUCUCUUUCUUUCUUUCUUUCUUUCUUUCUUUCUUUCUUUCUUUGCACCUAUAAUUUUUCCCUCUUUCUUUAUUUCCUUCUUUCUUUAUACCUAUCACCCUUUCCUUCUCUCUAUCAUACUCAUACGUUAA